AUGGAGGGAGGGAGCGGCGAGAGCAUCGGAGAGCGGGUCGAGGCCCGAGCUCGCCGCGCUCGCCCGGCCCCGCCGGAGGAGACCCGGCGUCUGAUUGACGGGCCCCGGACCACGCCCCCCGGCUUCCUAUUGGCUCCGGCGGGCCACGCCCCCGCCUCACGAUUGGCUCCGGCGACCUUCGGGCCACGCCCCCGCCUCACGAUUGGUUCCCGCGACUGGCGGGCCACGCCCCCUCCCGCCUUCCGAUUGGUCUCGGCGGGCGGGCGGCCACGCCCCCGCCGUCCGAUUGGCCCCGGCGGGCGGGCGGCCACGCCCACGCCGUCCGAUUGGCCCCGGCGGGGGUCCGGCCACGCCCCCCCGGGUGGGCGCCGGGGGGACGGACGGGCGGGCCCCGUCCCUCCCUCCCUCCCUCCCUCCGGGCGGGCGGAGCGGCGGGGAUCGUCCGCCCGCACCGGCACCUUCCCGCCGCUGGCCGGGGGCCGCGCCCGAACCCCGAGGAGGACGGUGCACCAGAGGCUCUCUUCCUGGCCGAAACUGAGAGUUGUCUAUUGCAGUACUGUUUUGCCCUCUGAUGAUGUGACGGUCGUGUACCAAAACGGGUUACCUGUGAUCUCGGUGAGGCUGCCCUCCCGGCGUGAGCGCUGCCAGUUUACCCUCAAACCUAUCUCAGACUCCGUGGGCGUAUUUCUCCGGCAGCUUCAGGAGGAAGACCGGGGGAUCGACCGGGUGGCCAUCUACUCUCAAGAUGGUGCCCGAGUAGCCUCAUCCACAGGGAUUGACCUCCUGCUCCUUGAUGACUUCAAGCUGGUCAUUAAUGAUUUAUCCUACCAAGUCCGACCGCCAAAGAGAGAGCUCCUAAGCCACGAAAGCGCAGCCUCGCUGAAUGACGUGAAGACCCUGGUCCAGCAGCUGUACACCACACUCUGCAUCGAUCAGCACCAGCUGAGCAAGGAGAAGGAGCUGUUGGAGCGGCUCGAGGAGCUCAAGGAACAGUUGGCUCCCCUGGAAAAGGUGCGGCUGGAGAUCAGCAGGAAAGCCGAGAAGAGGACGACCUUGGUGCUCUGGGGCGGGCUGGCCUACAUGGCCACCCAGUUUGGCAUCCUGGCCCGGCUCACCUGGUGGGAGUACUCUUGGGACAUCAUGGAGCCCGUCACCUACUUCAUCACCUACGGAAGCGCCAUGGCGAUGUACGCUUACUUCGUAAUGACGCGUCAGGAGUAUAUCUACCCAGAGGCCAGAGACCGACAAUACCUGUUAUUUUUCCAUAAAGGAGCCAAAAAGACACGUUUUGACCUAGAGAAAUAUAAUCAACUCAAGGAUGCGAUUGCUCAGACAGAAUUGGAUCUAAAGAGGCUGAGAGACCCACUGCAGGUACACCUGCCCCUCCGGCGUAUCGGCGAUAAAGACUGAUCAGCAAGAACCUCCGAGCCCCCGCCAGACGCAGCACCUGUUUAUAACUCUUGCCUUUUGAAUUAAAGCAUUACAGGUGGCCGCUGGGAGGUGUGAGGGUGGAGGGUUUUUACCUUUAAUUGAGAAACGAAAAAAACAAAAAGGAUCUUAGGACAAAGAACGCUAAAAUCUGACGAUCAGGCAUUGUGGAAUGGAAGUUUCAAAGGGCUCGCAGAAUACUGUCUUAGUCCAACAUCUUGGUUUCUGGCAGAAAACGACGGACGGCUGAGGGUUGGGGGAGAUGUUUCUGAAGGACCGAGGCGGGCUGGGGGUGCUUGCCCUGGUGUCUCCGCAGGGUCUGCGGCUCAGUAACCCACCGGCGUCCCACUCAACUCAGACUGUUUUUUCAUUUAACUUAUUUUUUGACAGACCGGUAACUAGGGUCUCCCCACGAAGCAAACCACCCAGGUCUGGGCUGGGGGAGCAGAAUCUGAGCCAAGAUCAUUUGCCCAUUGCCGAUCUGGUCCGUGUAAAAUUCCUGCAAGCGGGCAUGUCUCCAGAGGACAGGAAUUUCUGUCCCAUAGGACCCCCCCCCCGACCCCUCCACCGCCUCCAUUUCACUGACGGCCCCCGGCUGCUGCCACUCGGUACAUGAAGCCAUUCUACCUGAAUCAGACACGGAAUCCACUUCUGAUUGAUAAUUAACACGUAAGACGGUUCCUUUAUACCUUCUUAAACUUUGACAAAUCCCAGUGCCUGGGUCUGCAUCUAGGAAUCAGUGGCGACGCUGCAUGAGUUUUUUUACGAAUCGAUCUUUUCAAGAUAGGGAGAUGUCUCUACUCCUGCUUCCCCUUUCCCAGCCCCCCCCCACCCCACCCCACCCACGUCCCAUUUCCGUGCCCCAAGUCAGGAAGGUUUAGGCUUAAGGCGUAGGUUUAGGAGGUGGACUCAGAAUCAUGAUUUGUCUAAUCAAGCAGUUUCAGAAUCAGAAUGAUUCCACCGCUGUUCAUCGGCUUGCGCGUGACUCCCCGCGAGGCUGCCCUCGGUGCCCCCGCCCGGUCCGGAGACUCCGUCGACAGACACCCGCUUUGGUCUGCUAGCCCGCGCCCCUCCCUGGGAGCCCAGGAGGCCGACUCCAGGCUAGACGGGAGGAUGCGCCUCGUUCUCACUUCUGCCUUCCACCAGCUCUUCUUACCGGGUGUUUCUUCAGGGUCGUUGAAAGAACGGAUCAGUCCCUCCCUCUCGCCUCCGAAAUGUUCUUCUGCCCCGCGCCCCAUGUGACAUCCUCGUUCAGAAAGUCAGAGGCAUCAGUGUCUCUCCCUAUCCUGUUUGUCACUGCUGGGAGGACUGGACGGAGGGGAGGAGAAGGGCUUAGCGCACAGCUCAGUGGCUUUCUUCCAUUGCACAGUUGGCUUCUCCUCACUCUGGCGAGUGGCUUUUUUUUUUUCCCCCAUUCUCCUUUGGGGUGUCGUGUGUGAAACGCAAACCUGAGAGAAGGACGUGACCCGGACGGUCACCAGGUGCCUUGCAGAUGCUGAAACCUGGCCAAGAUUGCUGUUGCCUCUGCUACCACCACCCCUCCUCCUCCUCCUCACCCAGUGGCAUGAUGGAAUGGACGGAUGCAUGUGUCUCCCUUUCACACACCUCCCCCCUCACCCCCUCACCCCUCCCCUUCCGUUUGGUCUUCCUUUUUUUAAUUGUGUGGAUUAUUUUUAAAACGUUUUAUCCUGAUUGUGGGCAGGGUUUUUAAGGGGAAAUAGCACAGUGUGGGAAGCAAAUCCUUAGCGUGCGCAUGUGAG